UGAGCUGAUUUCCAUCCGUUGCCAUUGUUGGCAAUAGAAAUAGAAAUAGAAAUUCUUUUUUCUCCCAAAUCAAAACCCAUAAAUACCAAAUUUUCUAGCUCCGCUAAGAAUCUAUUUUCUACUCUCUCUCUUUCUCUCUCGUGUUUUCUUCUCACUUUGAAAUUUCUGGGAAACCUGAGAUCCGCUGUUUGCAAUAGCGUGAUCUAAGGUUUCUAACACUCCUUUUUUUCUUGAAUGUUCAAGCCUAUUUCUCCGAUCAGUCUAUCCUUUCUUUCAUUUCGUUUUAUUUGGAGGAGAAUCCCUUGAGUGGAUUUUAUUUUUCAAGAUGGGUGAUCACUUCGUGUUGUACGUCGACCGGUUUAUGAUGCCCCUGUCGUCCGAGGUUCAUCAGAUGGCUCCGGGGGCUAUUGCUGGUUCCUCUUCUUCCGCGCUCAAUGAGGAAAGCGACGCUGUUGGGUUGGGCCAGGAGAGGACCCAAUGGGACAAGGAUGAGGAAGGGGAGCUGUUGAUUCAGGUCUCGGAAUGCCGCAUUUGCCAGGAAGAAGAUUUGGUUAACAAGCUUGAGACUCCCUGUGCCUGCAGCGGAAGCCUUAAGUAUGCUCAUAGGAAAUGUGUUCAGCAUUGGUGUAAUGAGAAAGGAGACAUCACUUGCGAGAUAUGUCAUCAGCCUUACCAACCUGGUUAUACUACUCCACCUCAUCCACCUCGCUCUGAAGACACUGCUAUUGAUAUUGGUGGAGGCUGGACCAUCUCUGGCACUCCUCUGGAUCUGCGUGAUCCUCGUCUUUUGGCAAUUGCAGAAGCAGAACGUCAUUUUCUGGAAGCUGAGUAUGAUGAGUAUGCUGCUUCAAAUGCUAGUGGAGCUGCAUUUUGCCGUUCAGCUACUCUAAUUUUGAUGGCCCUUCUACUUUUGCGGCAUGCAUUGGCUGUUACAGAUCCUGAUGGAGAAGAUGAUGAUGUGUCUACCUUUUUCUCUCUUUUCUUGCUACGAGCAGCUGGUUUUCUCUUACCCUGUUACAUCAUGGCUUGGGCCAUCAGUAUCUUGCAGCGUCGAAGGCAAAGACAGGAGGCUGCAGCAUUGGCAGCAACACAAGUUGCUUUUGUGCUUCAAUCAGGGCAACGGAGAGGUCUGCAGUUCACAAUAGCAUCUGGACCUCAUGUAGCUCCACACCUGGAACCUGUUUAACGAGGAAAAACUGAGGGAGAGGGUAAGUGGAAAGAGAAUUCGCAAUCAACAGUUUUCGUAUUUAACUUAAAAAACUGUGCGAAUGAUGCUCUCAUGCAACCUUAUCUUGUUUCUCCUUUCUAUAUAGUAUGUAUAUAUAACGCCUUUAUGUGAGGAGUUGUAGUUUAAUCUAAAUUUGCUGUUAACUGUGAAACUUCAAUUGUAGUUUUAUAAUCAAUUGAGCACUAGCAUCUAGAAGAAUGGAGUACAAGAUGCUUGUGCCUUUCUUUUAUUUAUUAGAAUGUAACUUAUGUAUAUAUGUAUCAGUUCGAUUCAAUUAUUUUAAUUUAAGCCGGAAAAUGGUGUGUUA